AUGAGGAAGAACCCCUUUGGAGUAAAGAGCCAGGACACAUCGACAGUUGAGUCCGUUAUUUGCAGGGUUUUUGACACGGGGGCAGUUGAGACUGUGCCUGAGGAGGAGACAAAGCAGCACCCGGAAAAAGCGAAGGAAAUUGACGAGAAGACCAUUCUGGAUGCACUGGGAGUGUACUCCCUCGCAGAGAAGGCAGGAUCUGCAGUCCCAGAGACGGGGAUAUUCAACUACGUGAAAGCAUCUGCUGAGGAGGCCGUGAAAGAGGCACUUGAAAAAGAAGUGGGAAAAUGCGUGUACUAUCAGACCCCGGAGACGCACUUGAUACUGCGGGAGGACUCUGCAGCGUAUAAUGCGAUAUUUCGCAGCUGGAGAAAGGGUCUAGCAGGCCUUUUCACGGACUACAGGAAUGCAAAUGCAGCAAAAAAAGACUUUUCUUUCCACGCGUAUUCGAGCGGAAGUGUUUUCUUCUUCCACACGAGCGGAUAUGCGGGGUGCAGCAGAAUAUGCUGCAAAAACAACGGAUCAUACGCACUGUACGUGCUAGCGAAAGAUGCGGAUAUUGCGGACCUUUUUGAGAGCAGCUUCCAGAGAGACGGAGACGAGGGAUGGGGUCUGUCUGGGAGGGCUGUUCUGUUUGUGCUGGACUCAAUCAUCAACACGCAGGCAAGCACUGUCUGUGCUCUUCCUUUGGUGCUUUCGAAGUACCCCUUUGAAAACGGGAUUAUGACGAAGCCCAGCCUUGUCGUGCGCCCAGAGAAGAUCUCGCACAAGAAAACGUACAGAAUACUGAUCAAGGGAUGGAUAGCGAGUGCUGACAUACGCACACUCUCCCAGGCAGAGCAGGUAGAGGCAAAACACACAAACUUGGAGACGUACUAA